AUGUGUCAGGAAAAGCGAUUUUUCUCAAGAACGAAACAAAAUUUUGAAAAUAGGUAUGUCGAUGUCUUCUGCACAUCAAACGAAUCUCUCGAUGACAUAAAUGCAAUUUUGGAUGAAGCAGAUUGUCGUCAUUCAAACAUCAAAUUAAUUCCUCAGAUUGGUGCUAGUGUGACAUUUCUCGAUGUUUUGAUUAAGAAUGAAAAUGGUCAACUAUCAACAUCUGUUUAUCAUAAAGAGGCUGCUGAGCCUUGUGUCUUUCCAUUUAUGUCUGAUCAUCUUCGGCAUACAUUCAAUAAUAUCGUGCAGGGUACACUCUGUCGAGCUAUACGUUAUUCAUCAACAUUAAAGGCAUUUAAUCAUGAACGACGUGCAAUCAAAUUGACGUUGCUCUAUAAUGGGUAA